AUGGUUGCUCCGGUGUUCAGCAGCCUUUGCCACUCCUCUUGGGAGGCGUCCCUCCUCUCUCUCUCUCUCUCUGUCUCUCUCUUUCCUCCCCUCUUUCUCUCCCGCCCCCCUCUCUGUCUCUCUCGCUCUCUCCUGUCUUUCCGUGGGUUUAGCACUGGAUCGGUUAGCCCCCUUUUUUCAGCGCUGGGGAAACUGAUAGAGAUGGGACGACUGGGUUUCAGCACCACGGAGAGUGCCCGACUUCUGCUGCUUGGAGUGUUUGGUGUGCUGGUGCUGUCCGUGGUGCUGGCGGAGCAGGAAGGUGAGAACCUGUCCGGUCUGUCCAACAACCCGGACAAAGCCAUCUUUGCGGUGCGGGAAAACGGCACAACAUGCCUGAUGGUGGAGUUCGCCGUCAAAUUCCUCGUGCCAUACGACGUGCUCGCCCUCAACGGGAUAGACCUGAUCACCGAGCAGACGUCGUUCACUCUGCCCCGUGGAGCAGAAAUUGAGGGGAAAUGUGGCAGCACCGAGUCAGAGAUCCACAUAACCUGGAAGAACAAUGCCUACACUCUCCGCAUCUACUUCUCUAAGGAGUUCCGUGACAAGGGCACUGAGGUGUGGAAGAUUAGCAAGGUCCAGUUCGUCUACGACACCUCGGAGACAUCGCAUUUCAUCAACGCAUACAACCCUGGCAAGCACACAGCCAGCACCCACCGCCUGUCGGCCCUGGUGACCCCCGCUGGCCGCUCCUAUGUGUGCCAAGCGCAGCAGACUCUCACCCUCAUCUCAAGCGACCACCAGAAGGGCAUCACCGUGUCCAUGUACGACAUCCAGAUCCAGCCCUUCGACAUCACCUCUGACUUCAUGUUCAGCGAACCCUACAAGUGCAUCACUGACCAGCGGGAGCGUCUGGAGGAGACCCUCCCCCUCAUCCUGGGCUUGAUUCUGGCCCUCAUAAUUGUCAUCACGCUCACCGUCUACCACUUCCACCUGAAGCUGACGGCGAGCCAGCCGCAGCUCCCACGAGAUCGCUCCAUGUACAAAAACAUGUAGUCAGCAGCACGGCGGCAGCUCCCCUCAGCUCUCUCCAAAGCUAACCUGACAAAGGACUUGCCUCCCUGACAUCCCGGGCCUAACACCACAGAGGAAAAGUGCAAUGCGAUGGACUGAGUCCCAGAUGGAGAAAUGUCUGUACUGUAGGCCCACUGAAAGUUAAUGGGACAGCUAGGGGCCUAACAUGGAUGUAGUUGGAGCGUAAACCCACCAGAAUCUAAUUUAGCUGACUGCUGAGUUGAAUCUUGAUUCCAUAAAUUCAUAGUCAGCAUUUUAAAGAAAAUUAAAAACAUACAUUUAUGCUUUUAUGAAAUUAUAACUGAUUGCAUUGGUUAUUUGUCAUUUGAAGUGACAGUUUACCUUUUUUUUCUUCCAUAGCAUCACUGGGAUCUGG